AUUACCCAACUUCUGAAUAUAAUAUUUCAAGUUUCAAUAUUACGUUUCAAGUUUUCUUAUAUAUAAAGUAGCAACGCUCACCGGAAUAAUCAUAUUCAAUUGUACAACGUUCAGAAACACUUCAAUAAAGAAAUGAUUCAAAACCUAGUACUUCUGUCUGGAUUGAUCGUGGCAUCAACAUGCACGAUUCUACAUCCAGCACCUUUACCUGUGUUAAUACCAAUCCAUUACCAGCAACCACCACCGAACUAUAACUUCGCUUACGAAGUCAACGAUCCUCACACUGGAGACUUCAAAAGACAGCAGGAAACUCGCAGAGAUGGCAUCGUCCAGGGCCAAUACUCCCUCCUCCAACCUGAUGGUGUAACCAGGACUGUGGAAUACAGAGCUGAUGAUGUGAAUGGAUUUAAUGCAGUAGUUAGCAACCAAGGUAGACCUAUCAAUGAGAUCCCGGAAAGACAGGAUGAGAAUACCAGCGAAGGGUCAGGAAGACAAGCGAGUGAAAGACCGCAAGUGGAACAAUUCAGGUCCUCUAAUGACCAGGUUACUUCAGCACCUCUAACUGUGGCCCACACAUCUCUUAUACAUAGGUCUUUCACAAGUGCUCCUAAUUCUUGGGACUAAUUCGAAUAUUUGACUCUACCAGGCUAUUGACUUAACUCGGACUCUCUUAUAUUUCUUUGUAAAUUUCCUUUUCUUAAAUGUGUUUUUGCUUUAGUGCUUUUUAUAGGUUUGUGUUGGUGUUGGUUUUGAAGUUUUAUAAAUAAGUGAUUUUAUUAUGAUGGAAUCUAUUGCGUGAUA